GUGAUAAUGCCGUGUGUAAGAGUCUGAUGGCAGGUAUUCUGCACAUGCAUCACGCUACAGUGGAAACUUGGUCAACCUAUUAUUGUUUAUGAUUUGAGUGAAUGUAGUUGAGUUGUGCGACUGCAUACUGCUCAGAAGAUGCUGUGUUGCACUAACAACCCCUGGCAGUUACUUAUGUACAUGCAAGAAGGUACAUGGCAUGGGACUUCGUGUGAUCUGGGGAUGCUCAGAGCCGAUGAGUUGCCCCAAAACCUGUGAUGGUGCUACUUGCCCUGGACUGGUGGAAGCUGAAUGUGUGGUUGAUUUUGGUGACUGCAGUGUGACAUGGUUAUUGGUGAUGAAGAUGUCACUGACCUAUGCCAAGGAUGUGAGGAUGGAGAAGUCCGCUUAAUAAAAAUGAUCGGUGUGAACGAAAUGCUAGUUGAAAUAUGCUAUAACUCCACCUGGGGAUUGGUCUGUGAUGACAAGUGGGGAGCAAAUAGCAAUAAUUCCCAAGUUGUCUGUAAGCAACUUUGUUUCAAGAGUGGAGAGAAAGGUAAUAUGUGUCCAACUGUGAGCGAUGGGAUAUUCUGGUUGGAUGAAGUGAAUUGUACGGGAGACGAAGGGCGUUUGGAUAACUGUGCACAUAGUAACAUUGGAGAACAUGACUGCACCCUUGCUGAGGCUGUUACAGUUGUCUGUUCAACUUAUGUCUGUCUUUGAAGGGACUAAAUGUACACAAGAUGGAAAUUUUACUUGUGAAUGCAAUAGCAGCUACACUAAAGACGAAACUGGUUGCAAAGAUAUUGAUGAAUGUGCCUAUGAAUAUAUCCAACUGUAUGGAAAAUUCCGUGUGUAAAAAUACAGAAGGAAGUUUCUACUGCAUGUGCAACCCUGGAUACUUUUGUGGGGAAGAUGGAAAUUGUCCAGACAUUGAUGAGUGUGAAUGUGGUACGCACGACUGUGAUGAAAAUGCUGACUGUACUAAUAUAGAAGGCAGUUACAUGUGCACAUGCAUAAAAGGCUACAUCGGCGAUGGAAGAAAUUGCACUGCUUGUAACGCAAGUACGGGAAUUCGUCUUGUUCAUGGUAAUGAAACGUCUGGCCUGGUUGAAGUACUUCGCAAUAAUUGUGAAUGGAGAUCAGUAUGUGAUGAUUUUUGGACCGAUCAUGAUGCAAAAGUAGCCUGUGGACAACUGGGAUUCUUGCCUUAUGCUGCUGGAUCAUAUCGUAGGGGAAGAUUCGAAAAUGAUGAAGAAGUGCAAUACUGGCUAGAUGAUGUACAGUGUACGGGUGAUGAGUUGUCGUUGUUUGAUUGUCAACAUAAAGACACCCAUAACUGUGGUAGGAGAGAAAGGGCUGGAGUCCACUGUCUGGAUACGGAUGAUGUUGCAAUACGGCUGAUUGAAAACAUAACUCUUUAUUCUGGAAUUAUUGAACUAAGAAUAAGAGAUGAAUGGAGAUCAGUAUGUCAUGAUAAAUGGACUGACGAAAAUGCUCAAGUGGCAUGCAGAUCAAUGGGACUUCCGUUUACUGGUGCUAAAAAAGAACUCAAUGGAAUGUUCGAGACAAAUGAAGAAGUUAAAUACUGGCUGUCUCAGGUGAAUUGUCGAGGUGAAGAAGAGUCCUUGCUUGCCUGCCUACAUAGUGGAAUAGGAACACAUAACUGUGGUAAAGACAGGAGAGCUAAAGUUAUUUGCAAAGACAUUGAUGAGUGUGAAUGUGGUUUGGACGACUGUGAUGAAAAUGCUAACUGUACUAAUACAGAAGGCAGUUACAUAUGCACAUGCAGAGAAGGCUACUGUGGCAAUGGAAGAAAUUGCACUGACAUUGAUGAGUGUGAACUUGGUUUGGACGACUGUGAUGAAAAUGUUAACUGUACUAAUACAGAAGGCAGUUACAUAUGCACAUGCAGAGAAGGCUACUGUGGGGAUGGAAGAAAUUGCACUGUUUCAGACACAAGUAUGGGUAUUCGUCUUGUUGAUGGUAAUGAAACGUCUGGCCUGGUUGAGGUACUUCGCAAUUGUGAAUGGAGAUCAGUAUGUGAUGAUUAUUGGACCGAUCAUGAUGCAAAGGUAGCCUGUGGACAACUGGGAUUCUUGCCUUAUGCUGCUGGAUCAUAUCGUAGGGGAAAAUUUGAAAAUGAUGAAGAAGUGCAAUACUGGCUAGAUGAUGUACUGUGUACGGGUAACGAGGUGUCGUUGUUUGAUUGUCCACAUAAAGACACCCAUAACUGUGGUUGGAGAGAAAGGGCCGGAGUCCACUGUCUGGGUAAGGAUGAUGUUGAAAUAGGGCUGGUUGAAAACACAACUCUUUAUUCUGGAAUUAUUGACUUAAAGAUUAGAAAUGAAUCGAGAUCAGUAUGUCAUGAUCAAUGGACUGACGAAGAUGCUCAAGUGGCAUGCAGAUCAAUGGGACUUCCGUUUACUGGUGCUGAAAAAGAAAUCAAUGGAAGGUUUGAGCCAGAUGAAGAAGUUACAUACUGGCUAUCUCAGGUGAGUUGUCGGGGUGACGAAGAGUCCUUGCUUGCCUGCAGGCAUAGUGGAGUAGGAAACCAUGACUGUGGUAAAGACGAGAGAGCGAAAGUUAUUUGCAAAGACGCAACAAGAUCGCCAAAACUCUACAGCAACGGGUUCGGCGCUACAUUUGCUUCAUUUUAAAACUGGUAAUUUUCAUAAAAACACAGCGUUAAAAAGUUAUGGCGUGAAAAGCAAGUGAACAAGCCAAUAUGCAAAUUAGCACAGGCUUACCUCGACAAGAAGUGCUUGAUCUGCGUACCUUGGAAGUCACAGCCCAACUUGCAACAAAUCUCACUGGUGGAACACUGUCAAUGAAAAGUCCCAGGCCUGCAAGUCGCGCAGCCAUUACAUGCCUGCUGAGCUUGCAGUAAAAUGACAGUGUCCACCAUAGACAAUCUGAAUACUUUAUGACCAUGCACACCUCUGUUGACUUUAAAAUACAGCGUUCACAUUGUUCCGAGUUAACUGAAGAAUGUAAUAUAUAUGAGCAGAGAACACGUGGACCUUUAGACAUUUUUGGACCUACAGGUCUUCGCCAGUGUUAGAGACUCUUUGUAUGCAGAUCAUGUGAGAUUUGAUCCGUGGCAUCCCUAUACUGUCACUCUAAUAAGAUAUCUGCACAUGCUUUUUUUUGUAUAAACACACCUUCCGCUUUCUCUGUUCUCCUCAGAUAUUGAAGAUCGCAAACGCAG